GUUCAUUUUAUUAGCUAUUCUAAUGAACCGGUUGGCCGGUGUGCAGUACGUCAUAGUUCAUGCGCACAUACCUACACGGCACACGUGCAUCGCAUCACAUCGCAUCUAUCAAAAAUAAUCGUCAAAAACACUAGUCAGACAUGUGUAUCCAACUUAUCCUGCGCUAUUUGUACCGGAUGUAUACAGAAAAAAAUUCGUCUUCUUCUGCCGAAAAAAUAACAAUCGAAGAUGAUUGCAAAUCGCUACUUCUAUCUAAUGAACAACUGACCACUUUGAUGAAAGAUAUGGAUGUCGCCAUCAAGAAUGGUCUACGCAAAGAAACUUAUCCAAACUCUAUAGUCAAAUGCUAUGUCACUUAUGUACAAGAUAUGCCCAAUGGUACAGAAAGAGGAAAGUUUUUAGCUUUGGACUUGGGUGGUACCAAUUUUCGCGUAUUGUUGAUUGAAAUGGGGGAAAAUAAUUACUUUCAUAUGAAAUCUGAUAUUUUUAAAGUUCCUGCUCAUAUCCAGACCGGCAAGGGCUCUGAAUUAUUUGACCAUAUUGCCAAAUGUCUGGCAGAAUUCGUAAAUAAGUACAAUUUGGACCCGAACAAGCCAUUACCAUUAGGCUUUACAUUUAGUUUCCCUCUCAGACAAGCAGGACUUACCAAAGGUUAUUUAUGCAGUUGGACUAAAGGAUUUAACUGCUCUGGAGUAGUCAAUGAAGAUGUUGUAAGGCUUCUUAAAGAAGCCAUAAAAAGGAGGAAGGAUGUUGAAAUUGAUGUAUGUGGAAUAUUGAACGACACAACGGGCACUAUUAUGUCAUGUGCUUGGAAGAACCCAAACACUAGGAUUGGACUUAUAGUUGGAACAGGAUGCAAUGCAUGCUACAUUGAAAAAAUCGAAAACGUUGAACUUUUCGACGGCGAUCAAUCGAAACCAUAUGUAAUCAUUAACACAGAGUGGGGUGCAUUUGGAGAUGACGGAAAAUUAGACGCUGUCCGCACGAAAUACGAUCGGGAAAUCGACGAAGAUUCGUUAAACCCAGGUCAACAGAGAUUUGAGAAAAUGAUUAGUGGUAUGUAUAUGGGUGAGAUCGUAAGGUUAGUUGUAGUAGAUUUACAAAUCAGAAAAAAACUAUUCAAUGGACAGCUGUCCGAACAAAUGAAGACCAAGAAUGCUUUCUGCACUUCUUACAUAUCGGAUAUUGAAAGUGAUAAAGCUAACUACAAGGAGACGUUGAAGGUCCUAGACUUAAUGGGCAUCAAAAACCCGUCCUUGGUCGAUUGUGCUAACAUAAGAUAUAUUUGUGAAUGCGUAUCCAAGCGUUCAGCAUAUUUGGUUUCCGCUGGUCUAGCCGUAUUACUUAAUAAAAUGGACGAAAAAUCAGUUACUAUUGGCGUCGAUGGUUCUGUUUACCGUUACCAUCCAUUCUUCCACCAACUUAUGGUCGAAAAAAUCAAAUCACUCACCAAAUCCGACAUUAAAUUUGACUUGAUGCUGUCUGAAGAUGGAAGUGGUCGUGGAGCUGCUCUUGUUGCUGCUGUAGCGGUCAGGGAUGUUUUACCAUUUCCAACUAAAUAAUUAUCAUCAAAGAAUGAAUGUAG